CAAAGCAAAGGAAUCUCAGUGGCUGAGUUGUAUGACGGGCCCGGUGCUGAAGGGCAGGGAACAACUGAUGGUGCUACUUUGAACUGCUUUUCUUUUCUCCUUUUUGCACAAAGAGUCUCAUGUCUGAUAUUUAGACAUGAUGAGCUUUGUGCAAAAGAGGACCUGGUUACUUCUUGCUCUGCUUCAUCCCACUGUUAUUUUGGCACAACAGGAAGCUGUUGAAGGAGGAUGCUCCCACCUUGGUCAGUCCUAUGCGGAUAGAGAUGUCUGGAAGCCGGAACCAUGCCAAAUAUGCGUCUGUGACUCAGGAUCUGUUCUCUGUGAUGACAUAAUAUGUGACGAACAAGAAUUAGACUGUCCCUCCCCAGAGAUUCCAUUUGGAGAAUGUUGCGCAGUUUGCCCCCAGCCUCCAACAGCUCCUACUCGCCCUCCUAAUGGUCAUGGACCUCAAGGCCCCAAGGGAGAUCCAGGCCCUCCUGGUAUUCCCGGGAGAGAUGGUGAUCCUGGUAUUCCAGGGCAACCAGGUUCCCCUGGUUCUCCUGGCCCCCCUGGAAUCUGUGAAUCAUGCUCCACUGGUGGUCAGAACUAUUCUCCCCAGUAUGAGUCAUACGAUGUCAAGGCUGGAGUGGCAGGAGCAGGACUUGCAGGCUACCCCGGGCCAGCUGGUCCUCCCGGCCCUCCCGGUCCCCCUGGUGCAUCUGGUCAUCCUGGCUCUCCUGGUUCUCCGGGAUACCAAGGUCCCCCUGGUGAACCUGGGCAAGCUGGUCCUGCAGGCCCUCCAGGACCUCCUGGUGCUCUAGGUCCAUCUGGUCCUGCCGGAAAAGACGGGGAAUCAGGACGACCCGGUCGACCUGGAGAGCGAGGAUUGCCUGGACCUCCAGGUCUCAAGGGUCCAGCUGGCAUGCCUGGCUUCCCAGGUUUGAAAGGACACAGAGGCUUCGAUGGACGAAAUGGAGAAAAGGGUGAUACAGGUGCUCCUGGAUUAAAGGGUGAAAAUGGUCUUCCAGGUGAAAAUGGAGCUCCUGGACCCAUGGGUCCUCGAGGGACUCCUGGUGAGAGAGGACGACCUGGACUUCCUGGAGCCGCCGGGGCUCGAGGUAAUGAUGGUGCUCGAGGAAGCGAUGGGCAGCCGGGCCCCCCCGGUCCUCCCGGAACUGCAGGAUUCCCUGGUUCCCCUGGUGCUAAGGGUGAAGUUGGACCUGCGGGAUCUCCUGGUUCAAAUGGCGCCCCCGGACACAGAGGAGAACCUGGACCUCAGGGGCAAUCUGGUGCUCCAGGUCCUCCUGGCCCUCCUGGGGCUAGUGGUAGUCCUGGUGGUAAAGGUGAAAUGGGUCCUGCUGGCAUUCCUGGAGCUCCUGGGCUGAUAGGAGCCCGGGGUCCUCCAGGACCGUCUGGUACCAAUGGUGCUCCUGGACAACGAGGGCCUGCAGGUGAGCCUGGUAAGAAUGGUGCCAAAGGAGAACCAGGACCACGUGGUGAACGUGGUGAAGCUGGUUCUCCAGGUAUUCCAGGACCUAAGGGUGAAGAUGGCAAAGAUGGUUCGCCUGGAGAACCUGGUGCCAACGGAGUUCCAGGAACUGCAGGAGAAAGGGGUGCACCUGGAUUCCGAGGACCUGCUGGACCAAGUGGCCUUCCAGGAGAAAAGGGUGCCCCUGGAGACCGUGGUGGUCCAGGCCCUGCAGGGCCCAGAGGAGUUGCUGGAGAACCUGGCCGAGAUGGUGUCCCUGGAGGCCCAGGAAUGAGAGGUGUGCCCGGAAGCCCAGGAGGACCAGGCAGUGAUGGGAAACCAGGGCCUCCAGGUAGUCAAGGAGAAAGUGGUCGACCAGGUCCACCAGGCCCAUCUGGUCCCCGAGGUCAGCCUGGUGUCAUGGGUUUCCCUGGUCCUAAAGGAAAUGAUGGUGCUCCUGGCAAGAAUGGAGAACGAGGUGGCCCUGGAGGUCCUGGCCCUCCGGGUCCUGCUGGAAAGAAUGGUGAAACUGGACCUCAGGGUCCCCCGGGACCUACGGGCCCAUCUGGUGACAAAGGAGAUGCAGGACUCCCUGGUCCACAAGGAUUACAAGGCUUGCCUGGAACGGGUGGUCCUCCAGGAGAAAAUGGAAAACCCGGUGAACCAGGUCCAAAGGGGGAAGCCGGCUCACCUGGAAUUCCAGGAGGCAAGGGUGAUGCUGGUGCCCCUGGUGAACGUGGACCUCCCGGAUCAGCAGGGGCCCCCGGACUUAGAGGUGGAGCUGGCCCCCCUGGUCCUGAAGGAGGAAAGGGCGCUCCUGGUCCCCCUGGGCCACCUGGUGCUGCUGGUACUCCUGGUCUGCAAGGGAUGCCUGGAGAAAGAGGAGGUCCUGGAGGCCCUGGCCCAAAGGGUGACAAGGGUGAACCAGGUGGUUCGGGUGCUGAUGGUGCUCCAGGGAAAGACGGUCCAAGGGGUCCUACCGGUCCCAUUGGUCCCCCUGGUCCAGCUGGUCAGCCUGGAGAUAAGGGUGAAGGUGGUGCCCCUGGAGCUCCGGGUGUAGCUGGUCCUCGUGGUGGCCCUGGUGAGAGAGGUGAAACUGGGCCUCCUGGACCUGCUGGCUUCCCUGGUGCUCCUGGACAAAAUGGUGAGCCUGGUGCUAAAGGAGAACGAGGUGCUCCUGGUGAGAAAGGUGAAGGAGGCCCUCCUGGAAUUGCAGGAGCCCCUGGAGGUUCUGGGCCUGCUGGUCCCCCUGGUCCCCAAGGUGUCAAAGGUGAACGUGGCAGUCCUGGAGGUCCUGGUGCUGCUGGCUUCCCUGGUGCUCGUGGUCUUCCUGGUCCUCCUGGUAGUAAUGGUAACCCAGGCCCUCCAGGCGCCAGCGGUGCUCCUGGCAAAGAUGGACCCCCAGGUCCAGCUGGUAGCAAUGGUUCUCCUGGCAGCCCUGGGGUGUCUGGACCAAAAGGUGAUGCUGGCCAACCAGGUGAGAAGGGACCACCCGGCGCCCAGGGCCCUCCGGGAGCUCCAGGCCCACUUGGACUUGCAGGGAUUACUGGAGCACGGGGUCUUGCGGGACCACCAGGCAUACCAGGCACUAGGGGAAGUCCUGGCCCACAAGGCCCCAGGGGUGAAAAUGGGAAACCAGGACCCGCUGGGCUCAGUGGAGAACGUGGUCCUCCUGGACCUCAGGGUCUUCCUGGUCUGGCUGGUACAGCUGGUGAACCUGGAAGAGAUGGAAACCCUGGAUCAGAUGGCCUGCCAGGCCGAGAUGGAGCUCCUGGUGGCAAGGGUGAUCGCGGUGAAAGUGGCUCUCCUGGUGCCCCUGGUGCUCCUGGUCAUCCGGGUCCAGCUGGUCCCGUCGGCCCAGCUGGAAAGAGUGGUGACAGAGGAGAAACUGGCCCUGCUGGUCCUGCUGGAGCUCCAGGUCCUGCUGGUGCCCGAGGUCCUGCUGGUCCCCAAGGCCCACGUGGUGACAAAGGUGAAACUGGUGAACGUGGUUCUGCUGGUAUCAAAGGCCAUCGAGGAUUCCCUGGUACUCCAGGUGCCCCAGGCUCUCCAGGUCCUGCUGGUCACCAAGGCGCAGUUGGUAGUCCAGGACCUGCAGGCCCCAGAGGACCUGUUGGACCCAGUGGGCCCCCUGGUAAAGAUGGAACAAGUGGACAUCCAGGUCCCAUUGGACCACCAGGGCCUCGAGGUAACAGAGGUGAAAGAGGAUCUGAGGGCUCCCCGGGCCACCCAGGACAACCAGGCCCUCCUGGACCUCCGGGUGCCCCUGGUCCAUGCUGUGGUGCUGGGGCUGCUGCCAUCUCUGGAGCUAUUGGAGCUGAAAAAUCUGGUGGUUAUGCCCCGUAUUAUGGAGAUGAACCAAUGGAUUUCAGAAUCAACACCGAAGAGAUUAUGACUUCACUCAAAUCAGUCAAUGGACAAAUAGAAAGCCUCAUCAGUCCUGAUGGUUCUCGUAAAAACCCUGCUCGGAACUGCCGAGACCUGAAAUUCUGCCAUCCCGACCUCAAGAGUGGAGAAUAUUGGGUUGAUCCUAACCAAGGUUGCAAGAUGGAUGCUAUUAAAGUAUUCUGUAAUAUGGAAACUGGGGAAACAUGCAUAAAUGCCAGUCCUCUGAGUGUUCCACGUAAGAACUGGUGGACAGAUUCUGGUGCUGAGAAGAAACAUGUUUGGUUUGGAGAAUCCAUGAAUGGUGGUUUUCAGUUUAGCUAUGGCAAUCCUGACCUUCCUGAAGAUGUCCUCGAUGUCCAGCUGGCAUUCCUCCGACUUCUCUCCAGCCGGGCCUCCCAGAACAUUACAUAUCACUGCAAGAACAGCAUUGCAUACAUGGAUCAUGCCAGUGGGAAUGUGAAGAAAGCCCUGAAGCUGAUGGGGUCAAAUGAAGGCGAAUUCAAGGCUGAAGGAAACAGCAAAUUCGCAUACACAGUUCUGGAGGAUGGUUGCACUAAACACACUGGGGAAUGGGGCAAAACAGUCUUCGAAUAUCGAACACGCAAGGCCGUGAGACUACCUAUUGUAGAUAUUGCUCCCUAUGAUGUUGGUGGUCCUGAUCAAGAAUUUGGUGUGGACAUUGGCCCUGUUUGCUUUUUAUAAACCAAACUCUUAUCUGAAACCCCAGCAAAAAAUGUCACACUCCAUAUGUGUUCCUCUUGUUUUAAUCUUGUCAACCAGUACAAGUGACCAACUAAAUUCCAGUUAUUUAUUUCCAAAAUUUUUGGAAAAAGUAUAAUUUGACAAAAAAAGAUACUUUUUUUUUUUUUUGCUGUUACACCAAAUACAGUUCAAAUGCUUUUUGUUCUAUUUUUUUACCAAUUCCAAUUUCAAAAUGUCUCAAUGGUGCUAUAAUAAAUAAACUUCAACACUCUUACAAGAACACUGCGUUACAUUCUUUGAAUCCUAGCCCAUUUGCAGAGCAAUGACUAUACUUACCGUGAAAAGAUAACCUUUCUUUCUGAAAUAGUCAAACAGGAAAUUAGAAAAGACCUCCCUGUUUCAACUACCUCAAGCUGGUCAGAAACACAGAUGAAUUCAGUAAGUUCCAGAUGACAAAAAAAAUUGUAUAAAUUGGUAAAACAUAAAUUUCAUUUAUUUAUCUCCUAAAAUACUGGUAAAAAAGAAAAAGUAGAAUGUAAUGCAGGAAUUUAAAGGAAUAUUUUAAAGGCCACAAUUAUUUAAAUCUUGGAUAUCAACUGCUUUUAAGGUGCUUUUCUCUUUUCUUGUCAUUGCUGGUCAAGAUUACCAAUAUUUGGGAAGGCUUUAAAGACACGUUAUGGUGCUAAUGUACUUUCACUUUUCAAACUCUAGGUCAGAAUUGUUGCCUUGCAUUCAAAACAUAAAUGCACAUCAUCUGUCCAUGUCUCCUGUCAAAAAGAUUCAUUGGCGUGUCACUUCAGGGGACUCUCUCCCUCCAUCUUGUAAAAGUCAACAACAACAAAAAACAAAUUAUGGGGCUUCUUUUGUCACAGUAACACAGAGAAUGUGUUGAAAUUUAACUUUGUAAGCUUGUAUGUGGUUGUUGAUCUUUUUUUCUUACAGAUGCCCGUAAUAAAAUAUCAUAAGAAAAC